UGACUUCAUAAAAUUCUAACUCUAAAUUCUUGAUGAUUCCUACCAGUCAGUGGUAAGGCUGCAUCGGUCUUUCGCUCUGCUCAACAAAGGGCAAACUGCCUGCGUGUCAACACGGACUGCAGGGUGAAACUUUUCCACGACCGUCCUCCGGUUUGCUUGUUGUCCAGAAAAGCUGAAAAGACUCACGCAGCCCAGCCAGGAGACGCCAAAUUGUCGUGGAAAUUACCCAACACUCGCAGACUCAUCCUCUGAAGAGAUGGCCUCCAAUUCGUCCAUUAUCCCACUGCUUCUUCCAGAAGAUGAGCUAUUGUGCCCUAUCUGCCAGAUGCUCCUGAAGAAUCCUGUGACUAUACCAUGUGGGCACAACUUUUGCAUGACCUGCAUCAGCAAACACUGGAAAUUAGCCUUUGCAUCCAUUUUCUGCCCCUACUGCCGCAGAGAGUUCCCCUCAAAGCCAGUGCCAAUGACCAACACUGUUCUCUGUGCAAUCAUGGAGUAUGUUGGGAAGGUGUUUCCAACGUCUGAGAUUGUCUUGGUUCCAGAUGAAAAACCUAUCUGUAACAUCUGUGAGGAAGGAAGGGAGCUAUCAGCAGUCAAGACCUGUGUGACAUGCCUGGCUAGCUUUUGCAGUGUGCACGCCACAUCCCAUAUGAAUAGCCAAGUGCUAGCCAAACACUGCCUGUGCACACCGGUUUCAGACAUCAAGGAUCUGCUGUGUAAGAAGCACAGCAAAGGGCUUGAAGUGUUCUGCAUGAACCAUGGGGCUGCCAUCUGUUGGCAGUGUACAGCAAAGCACCCCAAGUGCAACAUGCGCUCAGUGGAAGAAAUGAGGACAGACUGGAAGGCUGCAAUCGAGCCAGUGGCAACAGAAGCUCAGGACAGAAAGAAGGCCACUAGUGAACUCUUGGAAGCUCUGAAUACUAUGUCAGAGGGUAUAAAGAAUGCUGCAGUAAAGAUGACUGAAGAUAUGCAGCUCUGCUUUGAAGCACUGAUGAACACCAUUAACCAUGCCCAGAACAGAGCCAUAUCCUUUAUAGAAGCCGAGAAGAUGGAGGCUCUCCAAAAAACAGAAAAGCAGAAGGAACGGUUGGAUGAUCAUUUGCUUUCCAUAUCACUGCUCAUGGAUAAGAUUGAUGAGUGCAUAAACAAUGAUUCGUACUUCAACUUUCUUCUGCCUCUACCACUACUGCCUGCAGAGGUUGGUCAACUGCAGGAUGUUCAACUGGAUGGUCAAGCUGUGGAGAGGAUGAUAUUAGAUAUUCAACAACUUAACAGUAGUCUGGAAUCUCAGCUCAACACCAUGCUGCAGAGAAGAGAGGAAAUAUGAGAGAAAGAUUCCAGCGGAGUGACCUUUGAUCCAGUCACUGCUAGUGCAUCUGUGAUUCUCUCUGAGGAUGACCUGGCUGUCACAGUGAAACAUAGUGGGUUACUUACCUGGAAAGACUACCAAGUCAACAAGGAGAUAGGCUUCAGGGUUCUGUGCUCUCAAGAGUUUAGCAGUGGGCAGCACUACUGGGAGGUUCAGACACCGGAGGACGAAGACAGCACCUGGGCCAUGGGUGUGAUGUACAAAAAUAGUCACAACCAUUACCAGAGCUUGGGCCAAGACAGCAGCUCCUGGUGUGUCAGGUGGCAGAACAAAGCGGAAGACAAGGAUAAUGACAAGAUGGCUAACAAUAUGGAAGGAACAAAAGAUGGUGAAGUAAUAUUACCAAACUCACUGGCUAAGGAAGGUGCCAUAAAACUCAAGGUGCCCAAUCUGGAAUCAAAGAAAAAUAAAUUGGAAGCAUACCUGAAAGAUGAUAAGAGCCAUGAAGGUCUUCCACAGGACAAGAACAAAAGAGAAAGAAACCAAGCUCUGAUGGAAGAUGUAGCAGAAGGAGAAGAAAAAGUGUCUGAUUUAACAGAGGAGAACAAAUGCACUUUAACAACUAUGCAGGAGGACAAAAAUAUCCCAAAACAGUCAGGCACUGGAUUCUUUGCCUCCCAUCAGCAGGAGAGGAACCUGAUCUCCCAGAAGCCCCCUAGGAAGAUUGGUGUGUUGUUGGACUUUGACAGAGGGUGGUUGUCGUUUUUCUUGGUGUCUAACUCUAAAGUCAAGCUCUGCUACAGGUUUCAGGCCCUGUUUUCUGCUCCUCUCUGCCCCACCAUAUGGCUAAGAGAUCCAGAGAGCACAAUGAUUAUUAGCAAAUGACUCAAAACAACACUGCAGUAGUGCCAGCUGCAAGGAAUGUAUAUUUCUAAUGUGUUGUUGUUUCUAUAGUAACAAUUUACUCAAUCAC